UCCGAGGCUUGGGCUCCUCCCGCCAUUGUGUAGAGGCCAGUAUUCCGCUAUGGAGCAUGUCUUUACCCCGCUGGAGCCCCUGCUUCCCGCUGGAAGUUUGAAGUUCUGCCUUAUGAUUCUUAAUCAGCCUCUGGACAAGUGUUUUCGUCAUCUUUGGGAAAAAGCUCUUUUAAGAGCCUGUGCUGAUGGAGGUGCCAACCGCUUAUAUGAUACCACCGGAGGAGAGAGAGAAAGGUUUUUGCCUGAAUUCAUCAAUGGAGACUUUGAUUCCAUCAGGCCUGAAGUCCGAGAGUUCUACAGUGUUAAGGGGUGUGAGCUUCUUUCAACUCCAGAUCAGGACCACACUGACUUUACCAAGUGCCUUAAAGUGCUCCAAAAGAAGAUAGAAGAAAAAGACCUACAGGUGGACGUGAUCGUGACACUGGGAGGCCUUGCUGGGCGUUUUGACCAGAUCAUGGCGUCUGUGAACACCCUGUUCCAAGCCACUCACAUCACGCCUCUGCCAGUUAUCAUGAUCCAAGAGGAGUCUCUCAUCUACCUUCUCCAGCCAGGAAAGCACAGGUUGCACGUGGACACCGGGAUGGAAGGAAGUUGGUGCGGCCUCAUUCCUGUUGGACAGCCGUGUGAUCAUGUGACAACCACAGGCCUGAAGUGGAACCUCACAAAUGAUGUGCUUAGUUUCGGAACACUGGUCAGUACUUCUAAUACCUACGAUGGGUCUGGUGUUGUGACUGUGGAGACCAGCCAUCCACUCCUCUGGACCAUGGCUAUCAAAAACUAACCUGCUGACGGGCAUCUACUGGUGUGCCUCUGCCUUACCUUAUUGCCAAUGGUUUAUUGCUUUACAUGAACAAUUCAACCAGGUUUGCAGGAAUCUAAACUUCUGCAUGGAAGCCCACUUGUUUCAAUGAUGUGAGGGGCUGAGGACAUAAUUCUAUGAUAGAGCACUUUUCUAGCAUGCACAGGGCCUUGGGUUUGACCCACCGCACCACAAAACAUGAAUAAAAUAAACAAAGAUGUUACUGUUUAGAUAAUCCAAGUGACACUAUAAAUGAUAGAUCUCAAUUUUAAUGUGGAAAAAUUAUGUGUUAUGAAAGUAAAUCAACUUUAUUACAUUGAUUGGAAAGCUCAUGUGGAUCAUUCCAUUAUAAAAAA